AUGUUAAAAAGAAAUAAUUUCUGGGAGCAAGUUUUUGAGGAUCCCAUGGUCGAGAAGGAGAAUUUCAUUCGCCGACGGUUUAAAAAAGUUUUCAACAUGAAAGAAGAGGAUUUUCCGACUCUCCGCGAUUUCAACGACUACCUCGAGCAUGUAGAAGUUCUGGUGAUGAACUUGCUCUACGAGGAGAAUAUCGAAGAGACUGAGCGCGAAGUGCGAGAAUAUCAGGAGAAAAACGCCGAACAAAUCGAGAAAAACCGCAAAAAGUUCAACUCCGACGAGAUUUGGAUCCAGGAGCAAAUUGCCGACGAGCAAAAGAUGAAGUCACGGUUGCACAAUUUGCGCACCGAAGAGGAGAUGAAAGAUCAAAACGAGAAGCUGAACGUCAAGGAUACGAAGGAGAUUAUGAAAGAGCUCCGGGAAUCGAACGUCGCUGCGGAAAUGAUUUUGGAUCGGGAGAGAAAGCGGCAAAUCGAACAGGACCUCGAGCAAAAGGAGGAGAUGGAGCGCAAGAAGAAGCUGAAGAAAGAGCGCAAGCGCAAUGAUGGGCUUACUUUUGCUGCUCAUCGGAUUGCCGGGCGUCCGUAUUUCCACAGACCCAUGGUCAUCGACACCAACGGCCCGCCGAUGCUUACCAUCAACGAGAUCGAGUCCGGAGGAUAUUUACGGUUCAUCCGCGAGCCGUCUGCUCAUCGUCGUGCGGGUGGCUACACAACUUCUAUCGCUUGCUUCAAGGCGCUGCUCGAGGUUCACAUAUCCCUGCAAAAUGACCCGAACUCGAUGGCAAUCACCUGGAUAACGCAUACGCCAUAUGCGAAUGCCAAGACAAAAUCGUACGUGGCCUAUAGUGCGAUCGCGAACAACUUUAACCUAAAAAAUGACAAAUCGACGGUGACAACGUGGAACGACCAUGGCGGAAGAAACUCAAUCCGACACACUCAUCGCGUGACGCUCACCGGCCUCGAGCCCGGAGUUCGUUAUUUUUACAAAGUUGGAUCUGAUGAGGGCAUGUCGAAGCCGUUCAACUUUACGAUGAUCGACCCGAAAAAGCCGGUCCGUGCGGCCAUCUUUGGUGACCUGGCCCAGGGCCAAAAAGGCUUGAGCUUGGAGCCGUUGAGGUAUUAUUCCUUUACGGGACGAUACAAUAUCAUGUUCCAUAUUGGCGAUAUUGCUUACGACAUGGAUCAAGCGGAUGGAUGGAUCGGCGACUAUUUCUUCAAGGAAUUUGAGGACGUUGCCUCGCAUAUUCCCUACAUGACAUUGGCCGGGAAUCAUGAGCAAAGCCAGAACUUCAAUCAUUACAUCAAUCGAUUUACGAUGCCAAGCAAUGGGAAGGUGAAUGACAAUCAGUUUUGGAGUUUUGACCUCGGCCCGGUCCAUUUUGUCGGGCUCAGCUCGGAAUAUCACAAUUAUAACAUGUACGAUCAAGCCCAGAAGAUGGUCGAUUGGUUGAAGGCCGAUUUGGCCAAGACUAAACAACCCUGGAUCAUCGCCAUGAUCCAUCGCCCAAUGUAUUGUUCUGCUCGUUGUGAUGCCUUUGAAAAUACUGUGCUGAAAAAGGGAGCCAACAAGCUGCCUGCCAUCGAGCCGAUUUUGGGCGAAUAUGGUGUUGAUAUGCUCUUCGCCGGGCAUAAACAUUACUACGAGAGGCUUUUCCCAAUCUACAACGACCGGGCCACAAUUUAUAAAGAUGCCGCCCACAUUAAAGAUGCUAAGGCGACGAUUCAUUUUGUGACCGGAAGCGCUGGCUGCCACACCCACAUCGACGACGUCGACUACAAGCCGCUCCCCUACAGCGCCUACCAUAGCGAGCUCUAUGGCUUUAGUUUGAUCGAGAUCAAUAGUGCGACGGAAAUUUUCUCUCAAUUCAUCAACGCCGCCUCGGACCACGAGCACGACGAGUGGUGGCUCACGAAAACACCGGGCUAUCGGCCGAAGAAC